AUGACGCCAGGACCAUCAGGACCUACGAAGCAACAGUGCUUAGCGAGGUUACCUUCCGAACAAGUAUACAAUAGAUUAAGCGGAAAAUUAAAUUGUACUGUGAGGAUAUCCGGGAAAGGAAAUUACACUAACAUCCUGGAAGGGGGAUUACAGGAAGCGCUCCGUGAGCGCGAGAAGAAUGUAGAUACAUCUAGUAAGAUUCUUGGUGCUUGGUGUUUUGUGCAUAAGGGUCUGACGAAGAACGUUCCGUCCCAUGAGGAUCGUUGUGGUUUCUUUUAUUAUUGGUUAGGUGACCAAUUGAAGACAGAAUCGGAUAAGGAUGGACAGUUUGAAAGUCUAAUGCAAUCAGUUUAUAACACAUUUGGGAAGUUCAGGUUUAAUGAUCAAUGCACUAAUCCAUAUCCCAAGACUAACGUGGACAUUUUCACAAAAGGAAAGGAAUUAUUCGAUUAUUACUAUAACUAUACUUCCCUACAGAAGCGGGGGCCGAAUAAUAGAAAAUGUCCCUGUAAGGGGGAAUAUGACAAACACCAGAAGGCAGUUCUAGAAACAUAUAGAGGUGUGAGCACUAAUUGCCCCGGGGGGUGGAUUACCACCUCCUACUGUACAGAAUUUAUGGCAGGGAAAACCAGUCAAUGGAAUCCAAGGCCGCUACUGGAUCAAUCGAAGUGCACUGCCGAGGGAUCAGCGGAAAGUUUAGGUCCUGAAUCAAGACCUGGACCAGAUGGUCCAAAGGUGGAUAUAGAGGGCCCGGAUGUGGAUGGAGAAGUGCCCGAAAUGAGUAUAAAUCUGGAAGGUGAUCAAAAUGAUGGAUCAUCCCCUUCCAGUACUGUUGUCAUACCUUCUGCUUUAGCUGCAGUAGGUCUUCCUACCCUUGCAUUUUUUUUAUAUAAAUAUACUGAUGUAUUUGAUGGAAUAAAAAAAUCUCUCUUUGGUGGACUCAAUAAUACAGGAAGAAGGAAUAGAAGACGGGGAAGAUCUACCGUUGGACGUCAACACUUUGACGACACUUUCACACAGAAUGAUUCUUCUACACUAGGAGAUGACGGUUCCACCACCUUAGGUGGUCGUGGUGGUGGAUCAUCCACCUUAGGUGGUAGCUCCACCAAUGUUUCUACCAUCUAUGAUGAUGAACCACCUCGUCGAUCAAUCGGAAGAGGGGGAAGGGAAAGGGCCGGAACAAAUAAUAGAAGACCAGGAAAUAUACGUUAUUAUGCCACGUAA